CUGCCAUGGAGACUCACAAACUCCUGUUCCUUCUUUGAAUACGAGUAACACGUUUAUUGCAAAGAAAUCAUGCAGUAGGGACAAGCAGAAGAGAAUUAGAAAUUCCCCGUGAUUUUACCCUGAGAUGAUCAGUUUCAUGCCUCACUCCACAUAGUUACGGGAUCCACCAUUUGCACUCAUUAAUGCACUGAGUAUCUUUCAGGUCAAAAGAGCCAUUUCCCCAGCAUUUUCCUUAAUGACUGCCCUGUGUGUCAUGCAAGAUGCUCAUUUCACCGACGCCUUCGUCGGGGUGGCCAUCAGGACUGUUUCUGGUAUCAUGAAGAAUGCUGUCAGGGUCAUCCUCAGCACGUAGCAAUAUUCCCCUACCUGCUCAGCCUCGGGCGGGCUCCCGGUAUUGGGCAUGCAGCCAUUUAAAAAACAGGCCUGUGUAGACACAUCUCUGGCAUAGCCUCCAUCGGUUCUUUCAGUUGUGACUGGAUGGGGCAUUGCUGGACCAAAGGGCCUGCAUUUGCCAGAUUCACCCCCGCCCCCAAAAGACUAUGCCUGCCUGAGUGGCCCCUUGGAGAGCUGCUGUGGACAUAGCCCGGUGGCCUCUCUGCUCAGUUGGCCUGGCAGUGGGCGCAGGCAUGACCUGAGGGGACAGAGCAGGCCCCAGAGAGAGCUGGGGGAGUAGUCUGGUUCCUGGGUCUGUGAGGCUGAUCUUGCCAUACAUGGGUCAGAGCUCCCUGGGGGACUGUUUUCCCAGACCCCAGAAGGGGUCUGCUGGGUCUGGGCAUGGAAUAUACUACUUGAAAUUGGGCCACCCUAGAUAACCCAGGGCCACUGAGUGCCUCCCUUACCAGUCUGGGAGGCAGCCCUCCCAGGGGGACUUGGGGAGGGGCUAGGGUGCCCAGGAUCCCACCCCAGGCUGCUGAGGGCGGUUCUGACCAGGCCCUGCCCCCCUACCCAGGCCUCCGCCCUGCCAUUCCAGCAUGCUGGGCUGGCACCCAGGUAGCUCAAACCCGUUGAGCCAGUUUUGAGAGCCCAGAUUGGCGAAGGAUGCAUGACUGGCUCCACGCUGCGACCACACUCUCAGCUGCCUGAGCCCCGCGCCUGUCCCACCACCACUGGUGACCCCAUGGCCUGUGCACGGGGCCUCCUGGUGCCCCUGCUAGGCCUGGGCCUGAUGCUGGCCCUGAGCCUGCCGGGAUCACAGGCAGCGGACUGCAGGUCCCUUGGCCCAGCUGCGCACCUGACCUUCGCUCCAGCGGCCAGGGCCCGGUGGCUGGCCCCUCACGUGCGCGCACCGGGCCCCCUGGACCACCUCUAUGGCACUGUGCGCCGCUUCCUCUCUGCUGUGCAGCUCAAUCCCUUCCCUGAUGAGUUGGUGAGGGCCCUGCUGAAUGAACCGGCCUCCGUGAAGGUGGAUGAGGUGGUGCGGUACGAGGCAGGCUAUGUGGUGUGUGCUGUCAUCGCGGGCCUCUACCUCCUGGUGGUGCCCACGGCCGGACUCUGUUUCUGGUGUUGCCAUGGUCGCCGGCACUGUGGGGGCCCAGUGAAGAUGGAGCGCAAGGAGCUGGCCUGUGAGCGCAGCACCUUCAUGACCUUCCUGCUGCUGACCACCUUUGUGCUGCUGAUUGGUGUCGUCUGUGCCUUUGUCACCAACCAGCGCGUGCAUGAGCAGACAGGCCCCAGUGCUGAGGCUGUGCCUGAGAUGCUGCUCAGCCUCCGGGGUCUGGUCUCCAAUGUCCCCCAGGAGCUGCAAGCUGUGGCACAGCAGUUCUCUCUGCCCCAGAAACAUGUCUUGAAGGACCUGGAUGGUAUUGCCAUGAGCAUCGGGAGCACCAUCCAUAGCCAGCUCAGGAGCACCGUCUACGAGACACUGGCCUCACUGCGCAGCCUGGGCCAGGACCUGCAGGUCUCCGUGGACCACCUCCGGGCCCUGAACACCACCCUGCUGAAGCUGCAGGACAGGCAGCAGGACCUGGAGCGGGCUGUCUCGGUGUGCCGCGAGCAACUCCAUGACCUGCUACAGGAGCCGGGCUGCCAGGGCUGUGCAGACAGCCUGCACUGGGCUGGUGAUCUGGAGUUGGGAGCUGAUUUCGGCCAGGUGUCCCAUGUGGACGAUGUCCUUCAUCGACUGAAGGGCGUCCCGGAGGCCGACUUCUCCAGCAUGGUCCAGGAAGAAAACAACACCUUCAACGCUCUCCCGCUCUUGGCUUCCUUGCAAAUGGCCGACAUGGUCAAAGAGCUGAAGAAGGCAGUGGCCCAGCAGCCUAGAGGGCUGAAGACACUGGCCAAAGCAUUCCCAGACUGGGAGGCAGCCUAUCGCUGGAGUCAGGCACUGGAGAAGGUGGAAAACAGUAGCCGCCCCUACCUGAAGGAGGUGCAGAGAUACGAGAAAUACAGGUGGAUUGUGGGCUGCGGGCUGUGCUCCGUGGUCCUGCUUGUGGUGAUCUGUAACCUGGUGGGCCUCAACCUGGGUAUCUGGGAGCUGUCUGCCCGGGAGGACCCCAGCCACUCAGGAGACAAGGGCAGGGCUGGAGCCCGAGUCCUCAACGUGGGGGUGUGCCUCAGCUUCCUCUUCGCUGUACCCCUCAUCCUCCUUGUCUUCUCCACCUUCCUGGUGGGCGGCAACGUGCAGACGCUGGUGUGCCGGAGCUGGGAAAACGGGGAGCUCUACAAGGCUCACUUCUCCCUGACCCAUCUCCAGUUUGCUGACACCCCAGGGAACUUGCCCUCGUUCAUGAACUUGUCCCACCUUCUUGGCCUAAAGAAGAACAUCAGCAUUCUCCUGGCCUAUCAGCAGUGCAGGAAAGGCGCUGCACUCUGGAGUGUCCUGCAACUCAAUGACUCCUAUGACCUAGAGACGUACCUGGAUAUGAGCCAGUACACAGCCAACCUGAAGCAGGUGAUACAGAACCUAACGGUGGAUCUGGAGAACGUGGACCUGCUGAGCCCAGCUGGCCACCGGGACCUGCAGGCCCUGCAGAGCAGUGGGCUCGGGGACCUCCAGUACCCUGACUUCCUCAUCCAGAUCCAGAAGCCCGUGGUGAACACCGACAUGGAGAAGCUGGCCCACGAGCUGGAAGGACUGGCUCAGACCCAGGGCAGUUCAGGGCUGGGGAAGCAGCUGCAGCAGGAGGCCCACAGGCUCAGAAACCUCUACCAGGAGAAGGUCCUCCCCCAGCAGAGCCUUGUGGCCAAGCUCAAUGUCAGUGUCAGGGCUCUGGCAUCUUCCACAUCAAAGCUCCAGGGGGAGGCCUCAAGUGUCCUGGAUAGGGUCACUCGCCUAAAAGGAACGCUGCCUGCCUGGGCCACCCGUAUCCUGAGGAAUGAAAGUGAGUGCUUCCUGACCCGGGAGAUGGGCUACUUCUCCCAGUACACGGUCUGGGUGAGAGAGGAGGUGACUCAGCACAUCGCCACCUGCCAGCCCCUCUCUGGAGCCCUGGACAAUGGCCGUGUGAUCCUGUGUGACAUGAUGGCUGACCCCUGGAAUGCCUUCUGGUUCUGCAUGGGGUGGUGCACCUUCCUCCUGGUCCCCAGCAUCAUCUUUGCUAUCAAGACCUCCAAAUACUGCCAUCCCAUCUGGAAACGCCUCAGCUCCAGCAGCUCUGAGGAGACUCAGCUCUUCCACAUUCCCCGGGUCACCUCCCUGAAGCUGUAGGACCCCCGUAGGGGUUUUCUAGCUGCUCGCUGAUGUCCAGGGCUGCCUGCCUUCCCCCUUUAACUUGGCCUGGACCAGAGGAUUUCUCUUUUCCCCUGAGCCCAGGCCGGUGUCCUCCAAUUCCAACUUCCUGACCCCAUCCCAUCCCCUGCCUGCUCAUGAUCCCCUUCUUUCAUUCUCAAAAACACACAUAAUUGUUGCCAAGCUACAGAGCCAACAGGUCCUUUCAGGUGUGUGUCCCUUCUCCUCCUCACUGUAACAUGUCAGCACUGGGAAGAUGCUGUUCUCCACCUAUCGGAACCACUUCCUCAGCUCCUUGGGAGAGCAGGCCCUGCCGACCACGCUCUGUCACCACCUGUCCCUCCCCCUGCACCUGCUCUCCCACUCCUCUCCAGUCUCCUUGCCCCCAUCCUCACCUGCCUCCCCUACUUGUCCCAGCUUCACUCUGCCCCUUUCCCCCAGGGAAGCUCUUUUUCCUUGUCCUUCCAUUACCUUAUCCCACUACCUGCCAGCCCCCAGGGACCCCAUCCUGCCUGACCAAUCUGAUCAGGUAAAGCCACCAGGCAAGAAGCCACCACUGCCUCCACCUGGAUCCUCCACAGGCCCCAGCCUGGAUUUCCUGGCCCCCCAGCCUGUCUGAAGGCUGAGUCCCUUGCCUGCACUCUGGGUUGGAAACAGUGCCGCUAUCCCUCAGCUCCUCUCUGAGCACUGGCUCCCUGGGAAGGGACCUGGGAUCUGGGCUGGAGCGGGGCCGCCCCUCAGCUCCCCAGAAGGUAGCCCCACCCAGAGGGAUCUGAUGGCCACAACAGGCUUUGCACUGUGGCCCUUACUCCUUCUCCUGUGGCCUGGGUCAUCCCUGGUCCAUCCCUGUGCCCUCUCUGCAUGCUGGACCCUGAGUUCCAGAAGCAGGAAGAAGAGGAGAGAGAGGAGGAGAUGGACAGGCCCUCCCAUCCGUGAUAGUGCUGUCACUACCUAUGCCUUGGCCCUAGGUCCUUAACAGUAGGUCUCCCAGAUUAGGGUCCUGUAUGCAGUCAGUGUUUAAUGAGUGUGGAAAGGCCACAGGCAUCCAGGGAUACCCCAAAAUUAGUAAGUGGGGAGGGGCCCACUCCAGGAGCAGGCAGACCUGGGUCUGUGUGCCUGUUAGUGGGGGCAACUCAAACAUGUUACAUGGCCUCUGGGCCUCAGUUUCUCCAUUUAUAAAAUAGGGAGAAGAGUCAUAUCCUCCUCAUAGGGCUGUGAAAAAUGUGGCAAUGCAUGGAAAGCCCUUGGCUGGGGCCUGGCAUAGAACACAUGCUCAAAUGCUGCUACUUCCUUCCACCACUGCUCUGGGCCAGGGGCCGAGGGCCAGGGGUGCCUAUGAAAGAGCCUGCAGAUCAUGGUGUGCUGAGUUUCAGGAGUGUCUGUGUUUGAUUGCUUCUUACAAACCAGCAACAGGUUUGCUGCUAGGAAGUAGGAUGGCGUGUACAUGCUGUACUGUCACUUGCAGACACACGCUUGCACUGGCAUCCCUGAAUGUACCACAAUUGCCUUUUUGGCUCUGCCCAGAGGUUUCUACUCAUUUCUCAUCUGUUGCCCCGUGCAGGGAAGUUGUAGCAUCCUGCAUUUUAAGAAUGAAAUUGAUUAAAAAUCAAUUCCAGCUCUCUAUCAAAA